AUGACUAGUUCCUCUGGUGCCGCUCGGAAGAAUCUCAGUAAGAUUGCCUGUAAUAGGCUUCAGAAAGAGCUCGUUGAGUGGCAGGUCAAUCCCCCAACUGGUUUCAAGCACAAAGUUACAGACAAUCUCCAGAGGUGGGUUGUUGAAGUGACUGGAGCUCCUGGAACACUCUACGCCAAUGAGACCUACCAGCUUCAGGUCGAUUUUCCCGAGAAUUACCCCAUGGAAGCUCCUCAGGUUAUAUUCUUGCAUCCGGCCCCGCUGCAUCCCCAUAUCUAUAGCAACGGCCAUAUUUGUUUAGAUAUAUUGUAUGAUUCUUGGUCUCCUGCCAUGACAGUUAGUUCCAUCUGCAUCAGUAUUCUCUCAAUGCUUUCAAGCUCGACCACAAAGCAACGCCCUGAAGAUAAUGAUCGCUAUGUAAAGAACUGCAGAAAUGGCAGAUCGCCUAAGGAGACAAGGUGGUGGUUCCAUGAUGAUAAAGUAUAA